AUGGGUCUCGCUAAUAAAUUGGCUGCUACAAGUGGCGGAGCUGCCGGUGCUCCGGCAACUGGUCCGAGACCAGGUGCUCCUCCUGCUGGAGGUGCUCCGGGUUACGGGGCUCCUGCUACUGCGGGUAUGCCGAGUCCAUACGGUCAACCACCGGCUCAAGCUGGUGGUUAUGGCCAGCCUCAACAACAACAGCAGCCAGGAUAUGGCCAACCACCUGCUCCAGGUGGUGUUAAUCGACCUCCUGUAGGUGGAUAUGGCCAGCAACAACAACAGCAGCCUGGUGGCUAUGGUCAACCUCCCGCUUAUGGUGCUCCUCCAGGUAGUGCUGGUUAUGGCCAGCAACAACCUGGUGGUUAUGGCCAACAACAGCCUGGUAGACCAGGUGCUCCUGGUGCUGCUCCUGGUGGAUAUGGCCAACAACAACCUGGUGGUUAUGGUCAGCAACAACCUGGUGGUUAUGGUCAACAACAGCCUGGUGGUUACGGUCAACAACAACCUGGUGGUUACGGUCAACAACCUGGUGGUUAUGGUCAACAACAGCAGCCAGGUGGUUAUGGACAGCAGCCACCACAACAACAGCCAGGUGGAUAUGGAGCACCACCUCAACAACCAGGUGCUGGUCAGGGUCAAUCUGCUAACUACUAUGCUCUACUUGAAGCAGCGGUUCGAGAAAACCAUCUUGAAGCAUUCUAUCCACCACAACGUCUUCAACAGGUGGCUGCUUCAGUGAGCACUCAGGCUCAGACAAUUGCCCAACAUUGGAGUAUUCCUCUGGAAUUGGCUAAUGAUCUGGUGCGUCUGGCUCUGUAUGAUAUUGUGAUUUUUGUCGAUGAUUCCGGUUCCAUGGCUUUUGAAGAAAAUGGCGAACGUAUUGACGAUUUGAAACUGAUUCUGCAGCGAACCGCGUUCGCAGCCUCGUUAUUCGACAGUGACGGUAUUGAGAUCCGGUUCAUGAAUAACAAUAUUCAAGGAAACGGUGUGCGUACCGAGCAACAGGUUCUGGAUCUGGUGAGAAAUGUGAAAUUCUCGGGUCUGACUCCUCUUGGUACCAAUCUACGAAAGAAAGUUCUUGAACCACUAGUGAUCCAACCUGCUCGAAGCGGACAAUUGAACAAACCUGUUCAUGUAAUCACCAUCACUGACGGCCAGCCUGCUGGUGAGAACAGCGGAACUCUUCAACACGCCAUUCGCGACGCCAAAUCAGCUCUUCAAAACACCCGCUACGGCCCCGGCUCCCUGGCCCUACAAUUUGGCCAAGUCGGCAACGACAUCAAAGCACGAGACUUCCUAGCUGCCCUCGACACCGACCGCAUCGUCGGAUCCAUGGUCGACUGUACCAGUAACUACGAGGUCGAGCAGGACGAAAUGGCCAAACUCGGCGUCGACCUCACCCCCGCCGUCUGGAUCGUCAAAAUCCUCUGUGGCGCCAUCGACGCCUCCUACGACACCCAAGACGAGGCCUCUGCCCGCAGAUAA